CAUUUUACUGCGUCCACACUCAUCCGGCAAGAUGGUCCCUUGCUUUGUUUCUUCUCACCGGAGUUAUUUUGGCUUUUUGCCCUAAAUUGUAGCUUCCACACCAUCGAAAUUAAGUGAUUUGAAUUGGACGAGGCUUCCUGGAGUAAGACCAAAACUCGGUACUGUCCGUCAGGAAAUGACGAUUGCUGAAAAGCAGGUAAAUUGAGUCUGGCUUCUUCGGAAUCAAACCUAGACCAAAUGGGAGAGAAAGGAGAGGAGCCUGGGAGCUCAUCAGACAACAUGAAACCAUCUUCCUCUCACAGCAAGAGGAAACCCACCAGUGUACCUAAGCACAAAGAACAGAAAGACUCAGAUGCAUCGACUGGCAGCGAAAAUGAAGCUGCCAAUUCUGACAGUAAUACAGGCAGCGAUUCUAAAGGGACCUUAGUGAUGAAACCGAGCGGAAAUGAAAACAAAGGUGCCAUGAAGCUAAGAGUGGAUUUCAAACAGAAAAAACCAGACGAUACCCUGGAGAAGAAGGUUAACUGCACAGCCUGCGGGAAACAAGUAAACCAAUUUCAGCGCAACUCUGUGUACGAGCAUCCAAUGCUCAAGGUUCUCAUCUGCAAGUCAUGUUACAAAUACUACACAAGCGAUGACAUCGGCCGGGAUUCAGAUGGGAUGGAUGAGCAAUGCAGAUGGUGUGCUGAGGGCGGGAAGCUCAUCUGCUGUGACUACUGUAACAACGCCUUCUGCAAAAAGUGCAUACUGCGAAACCUGGGCAGAAAGGAGCUGUCAAAUAUCACAGAUGAGAACUCAAAGUGGCACUGCUAUGUGUGCCGCUCUGACCCCCUGCAGGAUCUGGUCGCCAGCUGCCAGAACAUCAUGCAGAGGAAGGAGGAAGCUGAGAUGAAGCAGCGGAAAACGGAGAAAGCAGAGGAGCGGGAAGCGAGGAAGGAGAAGAAGAAGUCUCCUAAAGAGCAGAAAGCUGUUGCAAAUGGGAAAGAGCACAACGAAGGCUUGGGGACCAUGACCUUCUCUUAUAAAAACCUGCAGAUACCCAAAGAUCAACUAAAAAAGGCAAAGAAGCUUGUAGAAACGACAACCGGUUUGAAUAACACCUUCAUUCAGUUCAUCCAGCAGGCGGCCGACGACCAGGCAGACGCAAGCAUCAGGUAUCGACAUUUGAAAGCCUUUAAGGCGGUGCUGACCGAUCUGAGGCAAGCCCACAACGCUUUGGAGGAAGCUUUAAAGCCAGAGUUCAGAAAAAUGGAGCCGCAGAACGGGAUCGAAGGGCAACACGUGAGAAAGGCCGGCCCCGCUGUGGAAACCUCCGAGAACAAUGAGAUGGAGUGUGCCCCAGAUCCGGUCCCUAGCGUGGAUGGCGAGCGGCAUGAUGAAGUAAAGAUGGAGGUGGAAGAAAUGAAGGAGGGGACCAAGGAGCCGCCUGAGGAGAAGGAUUUGGUGUGUAAAUCUGGCAAAAGGACAGAGGUGAAGAAGGAGGUGGAUGGUGACGCAGAUUCAGAUUGUAGAACACAAAAUGAGGAGAUGGUUGAAGAGCCGCCUAAUGAGAAGGACUUUUCAACAAAAGAGGCGUUCGAGGAACCAUCCAGUAGAACGGAACAGGUCGAUGAAGCAGAAACCAUGGAGGAGGUAGUGACGGAGCAGCAGGACGGUAAGGCCAAUGAAGUGUCUGAUGACACUCAGACAGAGGAACAGCAAAGCGAAACAAGCCCGCCCCUAGUGGUAAAAACUGAGGUCGUUGACGGCCAACCGCUGUCCUCUGCUGAAGCGUCAUUAGAUCAGGACAUAAUGUCUGUGCCUCCUUCAGUUCCAGAGGAGCUUUUCCAGAUGGUGGAGAGUCUCGCUGAUUCCUCCAUGCUCUCAAGGACCGACACCACUUCAGAGAAAGACACAGACACAAAGUCAAAGGAGAAUCCUCCAGAAACUCCUUGUCCCAAACCCAAAGUAAAGAACCUGAUAGUCAAACUGACUCCAGUGCCGGUUGUUAAAAGUGGCGGGUCUAGGUCCUCCAAGUCUAAAAAAGGAGAUGAAGAGCAGACCAGCAAGAGCAAGGAUAAGGAAGAUUCUGCUGCAGCAGAAGAAGGGACAGACAGCCCACCGCCAACCCGCCGCUCCAGCAGAGUUAAGACCACUCCUUUACGGAAGCAAGGGGAAAACAAAGGCAAGAAAGACUCCUCUGAUUCAGAGUCUGAGGAAGACGCCAAGGCCAAGCCUUCAAAGAAAUCCAAUAACACUAAAAAAAAGACUAACAGUUCAGAGAAAGUGUUGGAAGACUCCGAUUCAGACGAAGUUCCUCCCGCUCUGCUGGAAAAAGCCACAAGAGGCGACAAAAGCACAGAUGAGGAGCAGGAAAGCACAGCUGCCAAAAAGCGUCUGUUUAAAUCAGAAACGUCCUCGAAGGACGAGAAGUUAACGAAACGCAAAAGGAAGUCCGAAAGCUCUGAUUCAGACGGAGAGAAUAAAAACAAGAAGACGACUAAGAAGAAGAAAAACUGCAGCUCGGACAACUCUGGGUCAGACUCAGACGCGGAGAAGGAGACCAAAACAAAAGCAACCGUGGCCAAGAGGAGAUCUAGCCGUGUAAAGAAGCAAGAAGACGCAAAAGGGGAGGAGAAAAGCUCACCGGACAGGAAGGCUGCUGAUCGGAAGCGUUCCUAUGAAAAGAAGCGGAAGGGAAAUAGCCCGAAAGUCGCCUCCAAGCUGCAGUCUUCAUCUGAAGAAGAAGAAGAGGAGGAGGAGGAGGAUGCUGGCGGGGAAUCCGGAGAGGAUAGUGACCAGCAAAAGAUCAAACCCAUCGUGGAGGAUAACGUGGUCGGAGGCAGCGGAGUCUUCCAUCAGUCCUCUGGAGACGAGGUAGAUACUAAAGAAGACUUGCAGGUGUUUGAAGACGAUGACGACGACCCUGAGAACAGAAUUGCAAAGAAAAUGCUCCUCGCACAAAUAAAGUCCAGUUACUCUUCAGGAGCAGAAAGCUCCUCUGACAAUGAAGAGGAAGAUGUGAAAGACAAGUCCUCUAAGAGAGCUAAAAAGGAGGAGGAUGAGGAAGAUGACAUGGUUACAGAAGACUCUGAGUCCGAUGUUGAAGUGAAGAAGCCUGGCAAACGUCACAAACUGCUCCGCCACAAGCUCUCCCUGAGUGAGGCGGAAUCUGGGGACGAGAAAGACUCGGGCAAGGAGAAAAAGGCCAAGGGGAGCAAGAAAAAAUCUGCACGUAAAGCAGUUGGCAGCGAUGACUCUGAAGACACUGACUUCAAGGACUCUGAGUCUAGUUCAGAAUCGGGGAUGAGUGAAGAGGUCAGCGACUCAGGGAAGGAGAACAAGCGCAGAAAGACCAGAUCUGCGAAGAAGAAGGAAGACAAGAAUCAGAGAAGUUAUAAGCAACAGAAAAAGAAGCGACGCAGGAUCAAAGUUCAGGACGACUCUUCCAGCAAUGAGAAGAGUGGAGAGGAAGGAGGUGAGAGUGAAGGGCAAGAAGGAGACGGAACCAAAGGCCGGAAGAAGCUCCGCAAAAUCCUGAAGGACGACAAGUUGAGGACCGAGACCAGAGAUGCUCUGAAGGAGGAGGAGGAGAGGAGGAAACGCAUCGCAGAGAGAGAGGCGCUCAGGCAGAAACUGAGAGAGGUUGUGGUUGUAGAGGAAGCAUCCCAGAUGGUCUGCCCCAUCACCACCAAGCUGGUAUUGGAUGAAGAUGAAGAGACCAAGGAGCCACUCGUUCAGGUCCACAGGAGCCUUGUAACAAAACUCAAGCCUCAUCAGGUUGACGGUGUUCAGUUUAUGUGGGACUGCUGCUGCGAGUCUGUGAAAAAGAUUCAGAAAUCUGCAGGUUCUGGCUGCAUCCUGGCUCACUGCAUGGGUCUAGGAAAAACUCUGCAGGUGGUGACAUUCCUCCACACCCUGCUGCUCUGUGAGAAGCUUGACUUCAGCACAGCUCUGGUGGUUUGUCCUCUCAACACUGUCCUUAACUGGCUUAAUGAGUUUGAGAAAUGGCAGGAGGGACUGAAGGAUGAGGAGAGCUUGGAGGUAACGGAGCUUGCUACGGUCAAGAGGCCGCAGGAGCGUGCGUACGCCCUCCAGCAGUGGCAGGAGUCGGGCGGCGUUAUGAUCAUGGGUUAUGAGAUGUACAGAAAUCUUACGCACGGCCGAAACAUCAAGAGCAAGAAGCUAAAAGAGACGUUUCAGAAAACCCUCGUAGAUCCAGGUCCAGACUUGGUGAUCUGUGACGAAGGCCACAUCCUGAAGAACGAGGCGUCCGCCGUCUCCAAAGCCAUGAACUCCAUCAAGACGAGGAGGAGGAUUGUGCUGACUGGAACGCCUCUGCAGAAUAACCUUAUUGAAUACCACUGCAUGGUGAACUUUAUAAAGGAGAACCUGCUUGGGUCCGUCAAAGAGUUCAGAAACCGCUUCAUUAACCCCAUUCAGAAUGGCCAGUGUGCCGACUCUACGCCGCAUGACGUCCGGAUUAUGAAGAAGAGGGCACACAUCCUUUAUGAGAUGCUGGCCGGCUGCGUCCAGAGAAAAGAUUACUCGGCGCUCACAAAGUUCCUUCCACCUAAACACGAGUACGUGCUGUCGGUCAGAAUAACGCCGCUCCAAUGUAAACUCUACCGACAUUACCUGGAGCACUUUACAGGUGUGGGAAACGCUCUGGAAGGAGGCCGGGGCCGAGCAGGAACGAAGCUCUUCCAGGAUUUCCAGAUGCUCAGCAGAAUCUGGACCCAUCCCUGGUGCCUUCAGCUGGACUACAUCAGCAAAGAAAACAGGGGCUUCUUUGACGAGGACAGCAUGGAUGAAUUUAUCGCUUCGGAGACGGAAGAAUCCUCCAUGAGUAUGACCUCAGAGGACGAGAAGACCAAAAAAAAAAAGAAACAGGGAAAAGGGAAGAAGAAAGGCUCAGACGACUCUGACAGCGACGAAGUGGAGGUCAUCAAGGAAUGGAACAGCAGCUCUCGCGGCAGGAAUGGAGAAGGUCGAAGACAAGCCGAACCUGUCGAAGAACCAACCCGGGUGGGCGGCUCUACGCCUGGGAGUCCCUGCUCUGCCGACUGGUACAAAGAGUUUGUCACUGAGGCCGACGCCGAAAUCCUGGAGCACUCAGGAAAGAUAAUGCUACUCUUUGAGAUUCUGCGCAUGGCUGAGGAAGUAGAAGAUAAAGUGUUGGUGUUCAGUCAGUCUCUCAUCUCUCUUGACCUGAUAGAGGAUUUUCUAGAACUUUCCAGCAGAGGCGAGGAUUCUGAGAAACCCUCUCCAUACAAAGGUGAAGGAAAAUGGUAUAGAAACAUCGACUAUUACCGUCUGGACGGCUCCACUAACGCUCCCACUAGGAAGAAGUGGGCCGAGGACUUUAAUGACACCAGCAACACAAGGGGUCGUUUGUUUCUCAUAUCAACGCGAGCUGGAUCUCUCGGCAUCAACCUGGUAGCGGCCAACAGGGUUAUCAUCUUUGACGCCUCCUGGAACCCGUCGUAUGACAUCCAGAGUAUCUUCAGGGUUUAUCGCUUUGGACAGGUCAAACCUGUCUACGUCUACAGGUUUCUUGCACAAGGUACAAUGGAGGAGAAGAUUUACGAGCGGCAGGUUACCAAGCAGUCUCUGUCCUACCGAGUUGUGGAUCAGCAGCAGAUCGAGAGACACUUCACCAUGAACGAGCUAGCUGAGCUCUACACGUUUGAGCCGGACAUGCUGGAUGAUCCCUCUGAGAAGAAGAGCAAGAGGGCUACCCCCAUGCUGCCAAAGGAUCCCAUCCUGGCCGAGAUGCUACAGAACAACAAGGAUCAGAUAGUGUGCUAUCAUGAGCAUGACUCUCUGCUGGACCACAAGGAGGAGGAAGCCCUGAGUGAGGAGGAUCGCAAGGCGGCGUGGGCCGAGUAUGAAGCAGAGAAGAAGGGUCUGUCUACCAGGACCAACUACCCCAUGUCCUAUGCUCAGCCAGAUAUGGGCACCUCCAACUACUUCUCCUUCAAUAUGGCAGCUUUGGCCACAAUGUCCAACCAGCAGCUGGAGGAUCUCAUAAGCCAGGGGCGCCAGAAGGUCAUUGAAGCAACAAAUGCUUUAAAAGCCCUAGCUCGUGAGACAAUGGAAGACAUCAUUGCCAGAAUAUGGAAGGAAAAUCCAACUCUCACAGAGAACGAGGUCCAGGCUUUAACUCUGAGACACCAAGCUAAUGUGGAGAUUGAGCUGAAGCGCAGGGAAGCCAUUUAUAGAGACGUCCUCACCAGGCAGCAAACGCUGAUGAUGUACGUACAGAAGCUGAUCACCAACAGAAAGGUGCAGGAGCAACAACUGGCCAUGGCCAACCAGGCCACCUACCUGAACCAGCUGGCCCUGCAGAACGGCAUGAUGGCAGGCGGGAUGAACCAGAUGAACCUGCUGGGGCUUUACCAGCGCCUCCACGGCAUGGGCGGCAAUCAGAGCGACGGCAAGAACCCGGGCCCCUCACAGGGCAUGUAGGUCAGAUCAGGGCCCUCCCUGAUCCCACGAGUCGGCUAUCUGGCCCCGCCCACCCCCACUGUCUGUGACAAACUUACUGUGAGACCACUGAAAGCUGUCUGCCGGGGGCCUCGGAUCGAAUAGUGUUGUGAUUCACUGAGAGACAGUAAAUAUAAUGUAUACAUGACUGUGUUUAAGGUUUGUUUAAAAGUUUGAGCGGGGGGAAGAGAGAUGUAAAUACCGCAUUUAUGUUAUUCAAGUUCGGUAGAAUCACUUUUUUAUGUAUUUAACAAACCUGUUUUACCCCCUCAAUGCUGUUCAGCAUUGUAUUGUUUUCCCCUUCAAAAAGGGUUUCCGUGUUAUUUAAACUCAGUUUUUAUACAGUUUUGAAUGCCUACCAACAUCCAAGUGGGACCAGAACCAUUGAUUGCAGAACUACAAAACAAAACGAGCUCUGAUAUUGUUAAUUGUUCCUCACCAAUUACCUAACAAACUAGAACAGCUGCAAAGUCCUGCUUAUUUCAGGAGGUAGAAGAUGCUUAAAAAGGCAACAAAAUAGGAAGAAUAUGGCCUUAUAUGGUUUCCUAAAAGAAUCUCUGUAAAAAUUUGACAUUUUGUUGUGAAUAUUUUCUAUUCCGCUUUUAUGUGUUUACAUUAGUCGUUGCUGGAAAAAAAAAAUAAAAAUAGGAAAAAAAGAAAAGCUUGUCAUCCAGAACUGCCUGCCGGCUCCGAUGACUUUUUUUGUAACAUCAUUCUUAUUGUUACGUGUUGCCUAGCAUAGCACUGCGUGUUCCUGCUCAUUCAUUGUUGGGGGUCGUUUUUUUUUUCCUGUUUUCACCUGCGUUGAUUUCCCCCGGCGUCUCACGAAGCACAACCUUUCCAGCUCGGUCCAUCGCUCCAAACCCGUGUUUGACGUUUUUAAAUAUCAAUGUCUGUAUAGACGGAGGAGGAGCGAUCGACUGGAGUUCUUCUGGUUUUGGUCCAGUGCUUUGUGAGUCUGCCCCUGUUCCAAGACGACUUGUAUUCUGCUUUGACACGUUCUUUCUUCUAUGAGCUCAAAUCGGUGUCGCCGUUCAGCAAAGUUGAUGGUGGACUUUUGUCACCAACCCUGUUGAUUUCUAUGUUUGCACAAGCUGCGUUUUUAUAAAUGAAGUUGCUUUGCCCCUUAUUGAAGAAUGUUCUCACUUUAGCAGAUACAAAUAUAAUUUGCCAUUCAUUGACUGCUAUAAUCUUCAUAAGUAUUUAAUAUAACAUUUAAUAAAGUGACCAAAACAAGGAGAAAUGUGUGGGAGUCUUGCUUAUAUACAGGGGCAGCUGUCUGCAUAUCUCCUGGAGGACUGUCUGGGUUGCAGUUUCAGUUCCUCCAUCAUCAUUUCUGUUCUUCCUGUGUUUCAUUUCUUUACAAUUAAAAAAAGAAAAGUGAGAAAAUU